AUGGAGUUUGGUUCGAUUGUGCAUCUCGCAGCUUCUGCUGUCAACGUCACGCAGCUGCCGGCUUGUGCUGUGAGUCGCAUUCCCGAAAUAUUGCUAUACGACUUGUCAAACUUCCGCGAGAUGUUUUGUUCGGUCGUCAUGUAUUGCCGCAAGAUGCGACGUCGCCAACGUAACUUGCGUAUGCCACAAUGGAGGAUACAGUUCUGCCAUGGGGGCGUGCGUGUUACAAUCAUGUGCAUUGUCGGAUGCGCUCUAGAUAGAGGCCUCGAGUUUCGAGUCGUCAACUUUCUGCUGGGAAGCAUGGCCUUCGGGCUAGUCGUCAUGCGAAUAUUUUUCAAAAAGUACCUCAGCACCAGCAAGAGACUUGGUCUGGACGACUGGACAAUCCUGGCCGCCCUCGUUGUCGGAAUCCCCAGCGUGGUCAUUCAGGUAUUCUUUCUGACUCCGACGGGGCUGGGGAAAGACGUCUGGACACUGGAUAUACCCAUGUUGCUCGACUUUGGCCACUACUUUUACGUCAUGGAGAUUUUAUACCUGACAUUGAUCACGCUCAUCAAGGUGUCGCUGACUCUGUUUUACCUCAGCAUAUUCCCGGGGACUGUAAUUCGGCGCUUGCUGUGGGUGACUGUGGCUUUCCACAUCACCUGCGGGCUGGCCUUUGUCCUGAAAACCGUGCUACAAUGCACGCCGGUCGAGUACAACUGGGAAAAGUUCGACGGCGAUUCUUCAACCACAGGACACUGCAUCGAUAUAAAUGCUUCGGGAUGGGCUAAUGGCGUUAUUGGCGUCGUGGCAGAUAUCUGGCUGUUUGCACUGCCGCUAACACAGCUGAAGAGGCUCAGGCUGCAUUGGAAAAAGAAAGUCGCCGCGGCCAUCAUGUUUUUAACCGGCGCCAUUAUUACCAUUGUGUCCAUGCUUCGGCUCAAGUCUCUGGUCCAUUUCGCCAACUCGUACAACCCAACCUGGGAUCAAUGGAGUGUGGUCUUUUGGUCGACGAUUGAGGUGUCGGUCGGGUUUAUUUGCACUUGCCUGCCUGCCUUGCGUCUCAUACUCAUGCGCAUGUAUCCUCAGACAUUCAAGCCGGAUUCUUGUGGAUCGUCAUCUCCCGCAUCGAGGAAUUUUUACAGGCACAAUAGCAUUUCACGUAUUGCUGAUGAGGGCAGUGAAAAUGAUUUGGUUAACUUGUCUCAAUCGAAUUUGGUACCGGCUCACCUGCAGGAUAGUCUGAAGGGUAAUGGACGGGUCGGGGACUAG